GUACAGCAGUAGCUUCAUAAAAAUCAAUAUUCACCUUACCAUGCAUGAACCGGGGAGUUAGAAAAUCAUAAACCCAUCCGGUUUGACCAAACCGCAUUAUUGUGCUGAAGAACCAAGGAAGUCCCCCAAAAAAUAUUAUAAAUAUCUGAGGGGAAGGAAGAUUUGAUUUCACUUAUUUUACAGAGAGCGAUAGAGUGAGAUCUUAGGGUCUUUUUACAGAGAUUUCUAUCUGAUAUGGAUUCGAUGGGAACUCAAACAACUGUUUUGGCUGUGACGGAUGAUGUUGUCUUGCCUGUUAGCUCUGUUUUAACUGUGAUGAAAGUUGUCGGAAAGGAAGGGGUCGAACGUUGUGAUCCUAUGAUUAUUACUCAAGCCUCCACAAUAAGUCAGGUUCCUUUGGAUUCUUCCUCAGUGGACACUGUUUUAGCCAUUUCCACAACAUCUGAGUUCCCUAGUGAUAAAAUAUAUGGCGAGUUCUCAAGAAUUUUAAAGCCUGGUGGUUCUGUUUUUGUGUGCACCAAUUCGGAGGGUGAAAACGUAGAGUUGCAACAGACCCUUCAAAGGAGAGUGACGUUGGCUGGUUUUAUGGAGCCACAGUCUCUUGAUUUGACAUCAAUCAAGCUGCCUAACUUCAGCUUAUCCGGUGGGAUUAAGGCUAAGAAACCUUCUUGGAAGAUUGGUUCAUCAUUUGCUCUCAAAAAGCCUGCAAAAACUCUUCCUAAGGUUAAUCUAGACGAUGACUUGGAUCUUAUUGAUGAAGAUUCUCUUUUGACAGAGGAGGACUUGAAGAAGCCACAACUUCCUGCUGUCAGUGGUUGUGAGACCACUAAAAAAGCUUGCAAGAACUGCGUCUGUGGUAGAGCUGAAAUAGAGGAGAAAGCUGUGAAGCUGGGCCUCACAGAGGAUCAAAUUGAGAACCCACAAUCAUCAUGUGGCAGCGUAAACUUCUUUGCUCAUCUCUUUCUCUGUAUGCAUUAAUUUUUUGGAUCCACAAAAGACUGAAAAUUUCUUUGAAAAUCAUUUCCAGUGACGUGGAAUAU